AUGUAUUUCCCCUACAAACACGUCCUCCUCAUCGGCGCGACUUCAAGCAUCGGCAAAGGCAUGGCGGACCAACUCGCACGCUCAGGCGUGAAAAUAACAGCCGUUGGCCGCAGGAAAGAUAGACUCGAUGCCUUUGUUGCCGAACAUGGGUCUAAACUCGCUGCUGCAGCGCCGUUUGAUAUUGGGAAUUUGGGUGGGAUUGAGGGUUUUCCUGUAGAGUGA